AAGUCUAGCACAUCACAAACAUCUUUAUCACACCCCUAUAGAAAAAGCAAAUUAAGCAAGCCUGUAAUGGAAACCAAGAGUACUGGAGCCGUCCCCAUGCCCUCUUACGAUGAUUUUGAACCUUUCUGCACUUGGCGCCGCGAGGAAGGUAGCGAAACUCUUUCGGUCCAUCUCCCUGAAUUCAAAAGGGAUGAGCUGAAAGUACAAAUUAGUAACCAUGGAUUCCUAAAGAUAUCGGGAGAGCGUCCCACCGGUGCAAUGAAACGGAGUCGUUUCUACAGGGAAUUCAAAAUUCCAACGGACUGUAAUUCAAAUGAGAUUCAUGCAAAGUUCAUGGGAGGCAUUCUUUACAUUUCAAUGCCCAAAUACGCUACUUCGGUCACCAAAGAAGCUCAACCCGCCAAAGUUAAUCAAGAUUCAAAACCAAAGACUAGUCAAGAUCAAGUCACUAAUAAACCUGCCAUAACUGAAGCCAUUAAGAAGAUCGAAUCCUCUAAAAAUGUUACAAACAAUGAGUUUCAGCCACAAUUUUCAGCUUUGAGAUUGAAGAGGUUUGCACAAAUGGCAAUGGGCCUUUCAAUGGUGGUGGCUAUGGGGUCUGUUCUUAAUGCUUAUUUUGUGUAUAAAUACUGCGUGCCUUCAAGUUGAGUAUCAUCAAUCUUGUUUAGUGCCUGUGGGUGGCAUUAAACUCCAAUUUCUCAAUAUGUAAUUAUUGAUAUAAAUUUGAAUUAUAUGUUCUUUAUAAUAGAUGGUGGGUGUACACCUAAUAAAAUUAUUUGGCAAUAGCUAAGUUUGUUUA